AUGCAUCUUAUGUACACUCUGGGCGCCGAUGGCAAGCGUAUCUAUACGCUGAAGAAGGUUGUUGAUGGCAAGGUCUCCAAGUCUGCUCACCCUGCUCGUUUCUCUCCCGAUGACAAGUACUCGCGCCACCGUGUUACCCUGAAGAAGCGCUACGGCCUCCUGCUCACCCAGCUGAACGGUACGGUUCUCUUCACCGGCCUCUCCCAUUCUAUAGAUACUAACCGUCGUCUUUCAGAGGAGAACACUGCUUCGUCUUAA